GAGUCUCGACGAUCCCAAAAAAAUUAAGGGGGAAAAAAGAAAAAGGCAAAAAAGAAAAGAAAAAUGAAGCUCAUCAACGACUCGAUCGAAUUCCUCAAAACCCCGCACAUCGUCAAGAUCGCCGUCCUCUUAUUCGCCUCCGUCGCCUCCUUCUACAUCGGCAAGCACUUCUCCAACUCCCAAACCCUCCUCUUCUACUCCUCCAGACCGGCCGCCUCCGCUGACGCGGCGAGCGUGGCGGCAGAACGGAGAUGCUGCCCCGUAAAUCGCCUACCUCCGCCCCUUCCGAUACUCCCACCGGCCCGUGCGCUGACCUUCAACAUCUCAGCCCUAACUCUAACCCUAACCCCUCCUAGGGUUUCGCCGCGAUCUCCGCCUGUCCUACCACCGCCUCCUCCUCCGCCACCGCCGUCGCCUCCCCCUCCGCCUUCGAAGUUCGGUAUAGUCGACGAGAACGGCGCGAUGAGUGACGACUUCGACGUCGGUGAGUUCGACCCCGAUCUGGUCGAGAAAUCGGAUACUGAGAACGAGACUGGUAGGAGGAGCGAGGAGAAUGGGGUUAGAGUUAGGGUUAGGGUUAGGAAGUAUGGAUUUUGUGAUGGGAGGAUGCGGGAGUAUAUUCCGUGCCUGGACAAUGUGGAGGAGAUCAAGAAACUGAAGUCGAUGGAGAGAGGGGAGAGGUUUGAGAGGCAUUGCCCGAUGAGAGGGCUGGAUUGCUUGAUUCUGCCGCCCAAGGGUUACAAGGUUCCAAUCCCUUGGCCAAGGAGUAGAGAUGAGGUAUGGUCUAGCAAUGUACCACACACACGCUUGGUUGAAGAUAAAGGAGGGCAAAUUUGGAUUUCAAGGCAAAAAGAGAAAUUUAAAUUCCCUGGAGGUGGAACACAAUUUAUUCAUGGAGCAAAUCAAUAUUUGGAUCAAAUCUCUCAGAUGGUUCCUGAUAUUUCAUUUGGUCAACGUACAAGAGUGGCCCUAGAUGUUGGAUGUGGGGUUGCAAGUUUUGGUGCAUUUUUGCUGUCACGGAAUGUGAUCACCAUGUCAAUAGCACCAAAAGAUGUUCAUGAAAAUCAGAUACAAUUUGCUCUUGAACGUGGUGUACCUGCAAUGGUUGCAGCUUUUGCUACCCAUCGGUUGCGAUAUCCAAGUCAGGCGUUUGACCUAAUUCAUUGCUCGAGGUGCCGAAUAAAUUGGACACGUGAUGAUGGAAUUUUACUUCUUGAGGCCAACAGAAUGCUCAGACCUGGGGGUUACUUUGCUUGGGCAGCACAACCUGUUUACAAACAUGAAGAGAGUCAACAAGAGGCAUGGAAAGAAAUGGAGGACCUUACAAAUCGUCUUUGUUGGAAACUUGAGAAGAAGGAAGGUUAUGUUUCUAUAUGGAAGAAGCCUUUGGACAAUACAUGUUAUACUAAUCGUGAUCCUGCUGUCCAACCACCAUUAUGUGAAGUUGGUGAUGACCCAAACAGUGUUUGGUAUGUUGGUCUGAAAGCAUGCAUCACUAGACUUCCUGAGAAUGGACAUGGAGCAAACAUUCCAUCGUGGCCUGCCCGUAUGCAUGAAGCACCACAAAGACUCCAGACUGUAGAAAUGGAUGCUUACUUAGCAAAAGGUGAGCUUUUCAAGGCAGAAUCCAGAUACUGGAAGGAUAUUGUUGCGGGUUAUAUUCGUUCUUUCCAUUGGAAAAAGUUGAAGUUUCGGAAUGUCAUGGACAUGAGAGCUGGAUUUGGAGGGUUUGCAACUGCAUUAAUCGAGCAUAAUAUUGAUAGCUGGGUGAUGAAUGUUGUUCCAACUACUGGACCCAAUACAUUGCCUGUGAUAUAUGAUCGUGGACUUAUAGGAGUGAGCCAUGAUUGGUGUGAACCAUUUGAUACAUAUCCAAGAACUUAUGAUUUAUUGCAUGCAUCUGGCCUCUUCUCCAAAGAGCAGAAAAGGUGCAACAUCUCUAGCAUCUUACUGGAGAUGGACCGAAUGCUCAGACCAGGUGGCCGAGCUUAUAUCCGCGACAAUAGAUUCAUCGUCGACGAGAUCCGAGAAAUCACGACGGCUAUGGGAUGGAGGUGUGAUCUUCGUGACACAUCUGAAGGUCCAUAUGCAAGUAGAAAAAUACUCAUGUGUCAGAAACGAAUGCUCCGUUCUAAGUUGGUGGGCAAAAAACGAGGAGAACACUUAGAUUAAUACAGUUCUACAUCCAAAUCUCCCUGUUUUGCACAGAUCAAAGGGCUCCCAUCUCUUGGACGAGGUCCAUUGGAUACUUUCUCGUGUAGUAGGUGGCAAUGGUGUUAAGAGUUCCACAUCUUCCCAUUAUCGAGUAUUUUCCAUUAAUUUUAUGGUUAAGCUUGAGAUACCAGCAGUUUAGGCCUUGUCAAUUGUAAGUGAACAAAUUGUUAUGUUGUAUCGGGCGCAUGCUGCGAGAGUUGAGUUCUGGUUUGUAUGUAGUAAGUUAAGGAAAAAGAUGCUAAGACUUCAACAAUCGGGAAAUUACUUGCGCCUGAACCAAAAAUUCCAGUACAUUGGAUUCCAAACU